UCAGUUGGCUGCACUGAGUCAUCUUCCAGAAUCAAAAAGUGUGACGGACUAGCGAGAAAUUGUGAAUUUUGUGAAAAAAUAUAGUCAAAAAUGUCUACACUCGCUGCACCACUUGCUGUUGCUGGGACUAGGUCAUCCGGAUCUUCAGUCAGGAGUCAAAAUGUCACGGCAGCAGCUGCUAUUGCCAACAUUGUGAAGAGUUCCCUGGGCCCUGUGGGCCUGGACAAAAUGUUGGUGGAUGAUAUUGGAGAUGUCACAGUCACAAAUGAUGGUGCUACUAUCUUGAAAAUGCUGGAGGUGGAACACCCAGCAGCCAAGGUUUUGGUAGAACUGGCUCAGUUGCAGGAUGAGGAAGUUGGUGAUGGAACCACAUCUGUAGUCAUAGUUGCUGCUGAGUUAUUGAAGAGUGCAGAUGAACUGGUGAAGAAUAAAAUCCACCCGACCAGCAUUAUCUCCGGCUACAGGCUGGCCUGCAAGGAGGCUGUCAAGUAUGUGCAGGACAACCUCACCGUCACAGUAGAGUCACUCGGAAGGCCGUCACUCAUCAAUGCUGCUAAGACCACCAUGUCAUCCAAACUUAUUGGAGCUGAUUCAGAAUUCUUCGCCGAGAUUAUAGUAGAUGCAGCACAAGCAAUCAAGGCUAUGGACCCUCGUGGCAACACAAUCUACCCCAUCAAGGCCGUCAAUAUCCUGAAGGCCCACGGACGGAGCGCUCGGGAAAGUGUCCUGGUGAAGGGAUACGCCCUCAACUGCACCGUCGCCUCACAGGCCAUGCCCAAGAAGAUUGUGAAUGCUAAAAUUGCAUGCUUGGACUUCUCGCUACAGAAGACGAAGAUGAAAAUGGGUGUUCAGGUACUAGUCUCCGACCCCGAGAAGCUAGAAGCGAUCCGCGCGCGCGAGCUUGACAUCACCAAGGAGCGACUACAGAAGAUCCUCGCCACCGGCGUCAACGUCGUACUCUGCUCCGGCGGCAUCGACGACCUCUGCCUCAAGUACUUCGUGGAGGCCGGCGCCAUGGGCGUGAGGAGGUGCAAGAAAGCUGACUUAAAGAGGAUCGCUAAAGCUACUGGAGCCACUUUCCUGACGUCACUCACUAAUAUGGAAGGUGAGGAAGUUUUCGAGCCGAGCAUGAUCGGAGAAGCCGCCGAAGUUGUCCAGGAGCAGAUCUGUGAUGACCAGCUCAUUCUGAUCAAGGGACCUGUAGCUCGCACGGCUGCUUCAAUAAUCCUUCGCGGGCCCACCGACGCUUACUGCGACGAGAUGGAGCGCUCGGCCCACGACGCGCUGUGUGCUGUCCGCCGCGUGUUGGAGUCCGGUCGUUUGGUGCCCGGGGGCGGCGCUGUCGAAGCCGCGCUUUCUAUCUACCUGGAGAACUUCGCUACUACUCUGAGCUCCCGCGAGCAGCUGGCCAUCGCGGCGUUCGCGCAGUCACUGCUGGUGAUCCCCAAGACGCUGGCCGUGAACGCGGCGCGCGACGCCACCGAGCUCGUGGCAAAGCUGCGCGCAUACCACAACUCCUCGCAGACCAAGGUUGAACACGCCAACCUCAAAUGGGUGGGCCUGGACUUAACAGAAGGCACGCUCCGCGACAACCUCGCCGCCGGAGUGCUAGAACCCGCCAUAUCCAAGAUCAAGUCUCUGAAGUUCGCUACCGAAGCCGCCAUCACGAUCCUGCGCAUCGACGAUAUGAUCAAACUGGACCCCGAACAGAGAGGGAAGAGCUAUGAGGACGCCUGCCACGCGGGAGAACUCUAAUCUAUGGCGCAGUAUUUGAAACGAUCUCAUUCGACAAUUUAGGCUCAGUACACGCAGUGUAAAGCGAUCAGCCGGCGUGCAGCGAUGGCGAUCAGACUUAAAUGCAUUGAUGGUCAUCGCUGCACGCCGGCUAAUCGCGUGUGAUCGCGUUGGUUUGACUGAACCUUAAAGCUUCAGAUAAAGCGUUCAGCCUGCGUCCGCGAUGGCGUGCACUUAUGGCUUAAUCUUUACGCGACCUGGCCGCGCGACCAAAUUUCAUACAUGUCGUUGACAGCAGCACUUAUUCAUCCCAGGGGAGCUGACAUGAAUCGAGCUUUACAGCCACUAUCAUACUGAUACAAAUAACAAUGAGAUCGAAUUUAAUUAUAACUAUAUGACAGUAUGGAGUGCUUGAUGUGCCUGAAUGUUUGUUGCAUAUCGUUAUGGUGUGUCCGGGUUCUUAAAACAUUUAUUAUCCUGCUGGAUACAAACAGGAUCAAAUUGCAUUUUGAUGGUACAGUCAGAAGUGUGAAUAUUUUUGUUAAAGAAACAUCUGUUAUUGGACUGUAGUAGAAAAUUAUAUUUUUAGCAGAAUCCUUGUUGAGUGUUUUAUGAUGAUGUGAAGUGAUUAUAUGCAAUUUCUUAAUUUUGUAAAACAAAUUAAUUCUGCUAUAUCUUCAGUAACUAUUUCACGUCACAAGUAAGCCUUCUGUUUCAAAGGAAACCUUCAUAUUUAUUAUGAAUAUGCUUAUAACAUUUAAUGCUAGUUUUAUAUCGCUAGGUUGUCCACUUAUGUCAACAAUUA